AUGAUUUUAUCGGUCAUUUUACAAGUAUUUUAUGUACUAUUAGUACAAUCACAAAUCUAUGAAACGGAUCGAAAAGAUUCAAAUCAAUUUCUACACACAACAAUAUCGUCUGAUAACACCUAUGAACAAUCAAAAGAAAUAGUUGAAACAAAACGUGAAUCGUGUAUUGAUGAAUACCAACAACACAAAUCUCAUCGACGUAAUCCAAUAUUACCUUCAUAUUGUACACAAUAUUGUACAGAAACAACGGAUUGCCAACAAGAUAAUGAAUUAUCGGCUUGCACGAAUCCGUUGUAUCCCCCAUGGCCAUCACGAUUAUUAAAAUUUGUACAAAAAAUUCGACGCAUGUGCUAUAUAAGAAUUACUGAAAUAUUACUAUAUGAACAUGCCGAACAGAUGUGUCAACGGCAUGGACUUCAAAUGGCUAUUAUUGAUAAUGUUCAAUUACUUGAACAAUUGAAACAAAUGGAUAUGUUUAAUGCAACAUGUAAAGGUCAAUGUCCGGAAACAAGAGGAUAUUCUAUUGGAUUAAGAAGAUAUAAGGAUGAGAAGGGAAUAUCACCAUUGAAAUGGAUUUGGUCUGAUAAUUUUACAUGGGUACAAAAUGAAGCAGAUUGUAAUGAUGAAUAUUCUGAAACAUCUUUUCCUAAUGCCACUCUUCUUUGUUACAUGGGAUCAGAUGGACAGAAGAAAGUUACUGUUUGGAAUACAGGUGAACCAAAUGAUCGUCAAUUUGGUGAAUUUCAACGAGUUGAACAGUGUGUUGAAAUUAUUGGACGUCCAGAUAAAACGGGCUCAUUUGAACAAGUCGGAAAGCUAAAUGAUAUUUCAUGUAUUAAACCAACUUCAGGCGUUCUAUGUCAAAUGAAUGAUCUUAAGCCAAUCAAUGCAACACAAUUUAGAUCUUUUUCAAAAUUUUUUGGAUUUACUAUCGCUGAAAAUGAUAUAGAUGAUUUAUGGGAUUAUUUAUUAUCGAAUUUUAAAAGUUCUUUUUCACCUAAUCUAGAAUCUAUGAAAUUAAUAACUGCUAUCCUUGAAAAAUUAUUUAUACUGCCUUCGUUUACAGUUGAACGAGGAAGAAAUGUAUUGCAUAUUGUCGAUCAACUUAUCAAUAUUACAGGGAAAAUUGAAGAUGACAAUGUUCUAUUGAGAGCAGUCACAAAUAAAUUACUUCAGGUAAUUGAUUUAUUUCCAGCAAAAAUAAAAAUUGAUAAAAAUGAGGAAGUUGCAUCGUUUAAAUUCGAAUAUAUGAAUACAUCGUUAAUAAAAAUAAAUUUUGAUCGUUGGCAACACGAGAACAAGGACAAUGAUUGGUAUACGAUAACACCUGAAAAUUCUGAUCAACAUCCGAAUAGUAUUGUUCAACUUAACAUGCGAAUAUUACGAACUCAAAUAGAAUCCACAAACGAUUAUCGUCUAAUUGAAACAGUAUUUUCAAAUUUUAAUUUAUUUCCUCUAACAAAUAAAACUCAUGAACCAAGUGAAAAUAGAAAUCAAUUGAUUGGAAUGCCGAUAUCGAUUCGAAUUGCUAAUUUGACAAAGAUUAGAGCCGAUAGCGAUCUUGUACGAUUUCAAAUACGAAUCAAUCAAUACAUUCAAGCAAGUAAGAUUUUAUGUGUUUAUUGGUCAUUCGAUGAAGAUAAUGGUUCAUGGAUAGCUGAUAAUGGAUGUCGCCUUAUUGGAUAUAUUGAUGAAUAUGCUCAAUGUUCUUGUAAUCAUCUAACUCAUUUUGCAUUACUUUUGCAAUCUGAAUCCAAAGAAAUGGAAAAUCCUUUAUUAACUACUGAUGACUUCAUAUUGACAUUUGUAUCAUAUAUUGGUAUAUCUUUAUCACUAUUUGGUCUUGUCGUAACAUUAAUUACAUAUGCACUUUUUCGAUGUUCGCAUAUAAAUCGUCUUCAUGCUUCUCUGAUUAUGGUGUGCUUAUCCAUAUUACUUGUUAUUUCUUUUUUCAUUCCUUUUAGUCUUACUAAAUCAAAUCGUUUCGGUACAAAAAAUAAUUAUCUAUGCAAUAUAUUUGGUUUUUUAUUGCAUUAUUUUCUAUUAACAUCAUUUAUGUGGAUGUUUAUUUUAACUUGUAUUCAUUAUAUGCAUUUCGUUCGAAUAUUCAACUCAUAUGUUUCACAUUUUUUUAUUAAAGCUAGUAUUACUGGAUGGAUACUACCAUUAAUUUUUCCAAGUUUAGUUCUCAUCAUUGGGAAAGAUGACGGUUAUGUUGGAGAAUUUCAAUGUUGGAUCAAUAAUGAAAUUCUUCGUUAUGCUACGUUUCUCGCACCAAUAUCAACUAUUAUCUUCUGUAAUUUAAUACUUUUUAUAUUCACAUUCAAAGGUAUUUGCCAACGUGAUUCACCACUUCAUGCAGAUCAACAUAAAGAGUCAAAGAUAGAAAUAAGUGCAACAUUUUGUUGCUUUAUAUCGAUGGGUAUUACAUGGUUUUUUGGUAUAUUAGUUCUAAUGCAACCAAUAUUUUUAUAUCAAUUAAUUUUCUGUAUAAGCAAUGCUCUUCAAGGCUUUUUAAUACUUUUCUUUCAUGUCUAUCUAUGUAAACCAAAAAGAGGAUUCUGGAAAAUAUUUUUUAUUCAACGUGGUUUUCAUCAACGCCAUCAUUCAUUUACAGCGCCUAUGCAUCCUAAAACAAUUAGUGGUUCAAAUACAGAAAAUAUAACGACUUUAAAACGUCCUGUAGAACUUUGCAUUACUCCAAUAGCAACAGCUGAUGAUAAUAAAAAAGAAAUGUCAGGUAAAAAGAAUCCGAAAUGUAAAGAUCAAAACGAAGAUAAUGCAACAAGAAAAGAUCCAACACAAGCAAAGAACGCACAACAAUCAGUUAUAAAUAUGCAGCCAAGUUCUCUUUCUGAUCGAAUACAGAAAAUCAAUAGCGUUAGAAAGUCAUUUUCACUUUUGAAAAUGGACCCUGCGAGACAAGACAUUAAAGAUGGAUCUCUUAGUAGUAAUAAUGAAUUAGUUAUAGCUAACAAUAAUCAACUUUCGUUUUUGUAUCAUUUUGGGACAAAAGCUGUUAUUUUUACUGGCAUAGCAGGUCUGGUUGACAUUUUUGGUAUACCAGCAGCACUCAGUUGCUUUGACUUUUCAUCGAUUGGUGUAACAGCCGGUCCGUGA